CUCAGGUGCGGCGGGCGGGAGGCGGCGCCCGGCGGUGGCGCUGCGGGCCCGGCCUGUUCCGGGGCGCGAGGGGCGUGUGAGGCGGUGCGGCGGAGACGCGCGCGGCCUCUCACCUCACACGCACAGACACACGCACACACGGUGCGGAUCUCUGAAGCCUGUCGGGUCUCCACAAGACCUGACGGCGCUGCGGCCCGGGCCCUGAGGUUGAUCCAAAAGCAUGGCCACUGCAAUUAGGGAGGUGGGAGUUUGGAGACAGACCAGAACGCUGCUGCUGAAGAAUUACCUAGUUAAAUGCAGGACUAAAAAAAGUAGUGUUCAGGAAAUUCUUUUUCCACUGUUUUUUUUAUUUUGGUUAAUAUUAAUUAGCAUAUUGCAUCCAAAUAAGAAGUAUGAAGAGAUGCCCGAUAGAGAACUUAAUCCCAUGGACAAGUCUAUCCUCUCUAACCGAAUUCUUGGAUAUACUCCAGUGACUAAUAUCACAAGCAGCAUCAUGCAGAAAGUGUCUGCUGAUCAUCUUCUCGAUGUCAUUACUAUUGAAGAAUAUACAAAUGAAAAAGAAAUGGUAGAAUCCAGUCUUUCUAAGUCCAGCAACUUCAUAGGCGUGGUUUUCAAAGACUUCAUGUCCUACGAACUCCGGUUUUUCCCUGAUAUGAUCCCAGUGUCUUCUGUUUAUAUGGACUCGAGAGCUGGCUGUUCCAAGUCCUGUGAGGCAGCUCAGUACUGGUCCUCGGGGUUCACAGUUCUACAGGCAUCCAUAGAUGCUGCUAUUAUUCAGUUGAAGACCAACAUUUCUCUUUGGAGGGAGCUGGAGUCAACUAAAGCUGUAAUUAUGGGCGAAAGUGCUGUUGUGGAAAUAGAUACUUUUCCUCGAGGAGUGAUCUUAAUAUACCUGGUUAUAGCAUUUUCACCUUUUGGGUACUUUUUGGCAAUUCAUAUUGUCGCAGAGAAAGAAAAAAAGCUCAAAGAAUUUUUGAAGAUAAUGGGACUUCAUGACACUGCCUUUUGGCUUUCCUGGGUUCUUCUGUAUACAAGUUUGAUUUUUCUUAUGUCCCUUCUUAUGGCAGUCAUUGCAACAGCUUCUUCGUUAUUUCCUCAGAGCAGCAGCAUUGUGAUAUUUCUCCUUUUUUUCCUUUAUGGAUUAGCAUCUGUGUUUUUUGCUUUGAUGCUGACACCUCUUUUUAAAAAGUCAAAACAUGUUGGAAUAGUUGAAUUUUUCGUCACUGUAGCUUUUGGAUUUAUUGGACUUUGUAUCAUCUUUGUAGAAAGCUUUCCCAAAUCCCUGGUCUGGCUUUUCAGUCCCUUCUGUCAGUGUAGUUUUCUGAUUGGUAUUGCACAGGUUAUGCAUUUGGAAGAUUUCAGCGAAGGUGCUUUAUUUUACAAUUUAACGGAAGGUCCAUAUCCUCUGAUUAUUACUAUCAUCACGCUAGCACUUGAUAGUAUAGUCUAUGUCCUGUUGGCUGUGUAUCUUGACCAAGUCAUUCCAGGAGAAUUUGGCUUACGGAGGUCAUCUUUCUAUUUUCUGAAGCCAUCAUAUUGGUCAAAGAGUAAAAGAAAUUAUAAAGAGUUAUCAGAGGGCAAUAUUAAUGGAAGUAUUAGCUUCAGUGAAAUUGUUGAGCCUGUUUCUUCAGAAUUUGUAGGAAAAGAAGCCAUAAGAAUUAGUGGUAUUCAGAAGACAUACAGGAAAAAAGGUCAAAAUGUGGAAGCUUUGAGAAAUUUGUCCUUUGACAUAUAUGAGGGCCAGAUUACUGCAUUACUUGGUCACAGUGGAACAGGAAAAAGUACAUUGAUGAAUAUUCUUUGUGGACUGUGUCCACCUUCUGAAGGAAUUGCAUCCAUAUAUGGACACAGAGUUUCAGAAAUAGAUGAAAUGUUUGAAGCAAGAAAAAUGAUAGGCAUUUGUCCACAGUUAGAUAUACAUUUUGAUGUUUUGACUGUAGAAGAAAAUUUAUCCAUUUUGGCUUCAAUCAAAGGAAUACCAGCCAACAAUAUAAUACAAGAAGUGCAGAAAGUUUUACUAGAUUUAGACAUGCAGGCUAUAAAAGAUAACCAAGCUAAAAAAUUAAGUGGUGGUCAAAAAAGAAAGCUGUCUUUAGGAAUUGCUGUUCUUGGGAAUCCAAAGAUAUUGCUGCUAGAUGAACCCACAGCGGGAAUGGAUCCCUGCUCCCGUCACAUUGUUUGGAAUCUUCUAAAAUACAGAAAAGCCAAUCGGGUGACGGUGUUGAGUACUCAUUUCAUGGAUGAAGCAGACAUUCUAGCUGAUCGGAAAGCUGUUAUAUCACAAGGAAUGUUGAAAUGUGUUGGUUCUUCCAUUUUCCUCAAAAGCAAAUGGGGAAUUGGCUACCGACUGAGCAUGUAUAUAGAUAGAUUCUGUGCCACAGAAUCCCUUUCCUCACUGGUUAAGCAGCACACACCCGGAGCUACUUUAUUACAACAGAAUGACCAACAAGUUGUGUAUAGCUUACCUUUCAAGGACAUGGACAAAUUUUCAGGUUUGUUUUCUGCACUAGACACUCAUUCAAAUUUGGGUGUCAUUUCUUAUGGUGUCUCCAUGACUACUUUGGAAGAUGUAUUCUUAAAGCUAGAAGUUGAAGCAGAAAUUGACCAAGCAGAUUAUAGCGUAUUUACUCAACAGCAACCAGACGAAGAAAUGGAUUCAAAAUUUUUUGAUGAAAUGGAAGAGAGCUUACUUAUUCUUUCUGAAACCAAGGCUUCUCUGGUGAGCAGCAUGAGCCUUUGGAAACAGCAGGUGUAUACAAUAGCAAAGUUUCAUUUACUCACUCUGAAACGUGAAAGUAAAUCGGUGAGAUCAGUGUUACUCCUGCUUUUAAUUUUUUUUGCUAUUCAGAUUUUUAUGUUUUUGGUGCAUAACUCUUUAAAAAAUGCUGUGGUUCCCGUCAAACUUGUUCCAGAGUUAUAUUUUCUAAAACCUGGAGAGAAACCUCAUAAGUACAAAACAAGUCUGCUUCUUCAAAAUUCCACUGACUCAGAUAUCAAUGAUCUUAUCAGUUUUUUCGCUUACCGGGACAUCAUGGUGACGAUGUUUAACGACAGUGACUAUGUGUCAGCUGCUCCACACAGCGCGGCUUUAAAUGUGGCGCAUUCAGAAAGGGACCAUAUUUUUACAGCUGUUUUCAAUAGUACUAUGGUUUAUUCUUUACCAGUAUUGAUGAAUAUCAUUAGUAACUACUACCUGUAUCAUCUAAAUGUCACUGAAACCAUCCACAUCUGGAGUACCCCUUUCUUUCAAGAAAUCACUGACAUCGUGUUUAAAGCUGAGCUGUAUUCUCAAGCAGCUUUGCUGGGAGUCAUUGUUACUGCGAUGCCACCGUAUUUUGCCAUGGAUAACGCAGAGAAUCACAAGAUCAAAGCUUAUACUCAGCUUAAACUUUCAGGUCUCUUGCCAUCUGCAUAUUGGAUUGGACAAGCUAUUAUUGAUAUACCCUUAUUUUUUAUUGUUCUUACUUUGAUGCUAGGAAGCUUAUUUGCAUUUCACCAUGGAUUAUAUUUUUAUGCUGCAAAGUUCCUGGCUGUGGUUUUUUGCCUAAUCGGGUAUGUUCCAUCAGUCAUUUUGUUCACUUAUGUUGCUUCUUUCACCUUUAAGAAAAUUUUAAAUACCAAAGAAUUUUGGUCAUUUAUCUAUUCUGUGACAGCACUGGCUUGUGUUGCAAUCACUGAAAUAACUUUCUUCAUGGGAUCCACAGCUACAGCUGUUUUUCACUACGCCUUUAGCGUAAUCGUUCCAAUCUAUCCACUGCUAGGUUGCCUGAUGUCUUUCAUAAAGGUUUCUUGGAAGAAUAUGCCUAAAAGUGAGAAUCCCUUCAACCCAUGGGAUAAGCUUCUGGUGGCUGUUGUAUCGCCUUACCUGCAGUGUGCUCUGUGGAUUUUCCUCCUGCAGUACUAUGAGAAAAAAUAUGGAGGCAGAACCAUGAGAAAGGAUCCAUUUUUCAGAAAUCUUUCAACCAAAUCAAAGACCAAGAAGUUUCCAGAACCACCCAACAAUGAGGACGAAGAUGAAGAUGUCAGAGCUGAAAGACUAAAAGUCAAAGAGCUGAUGAGUUGUCAGUGUUGUGAAGAGAAACCAGCAAUUAUGGUCAGCAAUUUACAUAAAGAAUAUGAAGAUAAGAAAGAUUUUCUUCAUUCAAGAAAAGUUAAGAAAGUAGCAACUAAAUACAUCUCUUUCUCUGUGAAAAAAGGAGAGAUUUUGGGCCUGCUGGGGCCCAAUGGCGCAGGCAAAAGCACCGUUAUUAAUAUUUUGGUUGGUGAUACUGAGCCAACUUCAGGCCAGGUAUUUCUAGGAGAUUAUGCUUCAGAUGCAGCCGAGGAUGAUGAUUCCAAUAAGUGUAUGGGUUACUGUCCUCAGGUAAACCCUCUGUGGACAGAUAUUACUUUGCAAGAACACUUUGAAAUUUAUGGAGCAGUGAAGGGAAUGAGUUCAAGUGACAUGAAAGAAGUUAUAAGUCGAAUAACAAAUGCACUUGAUUUAAAAGAACAUCUUCAGAAAACCGUUAAGAAACUACCUGCAGGCAUCAAACGAAAGUUGUGUUUUGCCCUGAGUAUGUUGGGGAACCCUCUGGUUACUUUGCUAGAUGAGCCGUCUACAGGUAUGGACCCGAAAGCCAAGCAGCACAUGUGGCGAGCAAUUCGAACUGCAUUUAAAAACAAAAAACGAGCUGCUAUUCUGACCACUCAUUACAUGGAAGAGGCAGAAGCUGUCUGUGACCGAGUGGCUAUCAUGGUGUCGGGGCAGCUAAGAUGCAUUGGAACAGUACAACAUCUAAAGAGUAAAUUCGGAAGAGGCUACUUUUUGGAAAUUAAAUUAAAGGACUGGAUAGAAGACCUAGAAAUAGACCGCCUUCAAAGACAAAUUCUGUAUAUUUUCCCAAAUGCAAGCCGUCAGGAAAGUUUUUCUUCUAUUUUGGCUUUUAAAAUCCCUAAGGAAGAUGUUCAGUCUCUCGCACAGUCUUUUUCCAAGCUGGAAGAAGCUAAACAUACUUUUGCCAUUGAAGAAUAUAGCUUUUCUCAAGCAACACUUGAACAGGUUUUUGUAGAACUCACUAAAGAACAACAGGAAGAAGAUAAUAGCUGUGGGACUUUAAACAGCACACUUUGGUGGGGAAGAACACAGGAAGACAGAGUCAUAUUUUGAACUUGUGUUUUUCAGUCAGCUUAUCAAAUUUAUUUAUUUGUUCUUCGUUUUAUUCCAAAAUUAUUUUAAAACUUUGUUUUAUAAAUGGUAAUUAGAGAACCGUGAAAGCACUCGGGACAUUUCUACGUUCCUUCAGUUCAGCUUUUGUGGUUGUGUGUUUUGUUCUCUUUCAAUAAAGACUUCAUAUAAUUAACUGAAUGUACAUGC